AUGGACACUGGGGACACAGCUCUAGGACAAAAAGCUACCUCAAGGUCUGGAGAAACUGAUAAAGCAUCAGGUAGAUGGAGACAGGAACAAUCAGCUGUUAUUAAGAUGAGCACUUUUGGCAGUCAAGAAGGACAGCGGCAACCACAAAUUGAUCCUGAGCGUAUCGGAAACACAGCAUCAGCACAACUCUUUGGUUCUGGGAAACUGGCCUCACCUAGCGAAGUGGUCCAGCAAGUCACAGAGAAGCAAUACCCACCACACCGUCCAAGUCCUUAUUCAUGCCAACAUUCACUGUCUUUCCCUCAGCACUCAUUGCCACAGGGGGUCAUGCACAGCAACAAGCCACACCAGAGCCUUGAAGGCCCUCCGUGGCUUUUCCCUGGCCCUUUGCCAUCUGUUGCCUCUGAGGACCUAUUUUCCUUUCCUAUACACGGCCACAGUGGUGGUUAUCCUAGAAAAAAGAUUUCAAGUCUGAACCCUGCUUAUAGCCAAUACUCCCAGAAAAGUAUCGAACAGUCCGAAGAUGCUCACAAAAAAGAGCACAAACCCAAAAAGCCCGGCAAGUACAUUUGCCCUUACUGCAGCAGGGCGUGUGCCAAACCCAGCGUACUGAAAAAACACAUCAGGUCCCAUACCGGUGAGCGGCCAUAUCCGUGUAUACCUUGUGGCUUCUCUUUCAAGACGAAGAGCAAUUUGUACAAGCACAGGAAGUCACAUGCCCAUGCAAUUAAGGCAGGAUUAGUCCCUUUCACAGAGUCAGCGGUAUCAAAAUUGGAUCUAGAGGCCGGUUUUAUUGAUGUAGAAGCAGAAAUACAUUCGGACGGUGAACAGAGUACAGACACAGAUGAGGAGAGUUCUUUGUUUGUUGAGGCUUCUGACAAGAUGAGUCCUGGCCCACCCAUUCCACUGGAAAUGGCCACCAGAGGUGGCUAUCAUGGGUCAUUGGAAGAAUCGCUGGGAGGCCCAAUGAAGGUGCCGAUUUUGAUUAUCCCCAAAAGCGGAAUUCCUUUAACUAAUGAAAGCUCCCAGUAUAUUGGCUCUGAUAUGUUACCAAAUCCGUCUUUAAGUACUAAGGCUGAUGACUCUCACACAGUUAAACAGAAACUUGCACUAAGACUGUCAGAGAAAAAAGGACAAGAUUCUGAGCCAUCUCUGAACCUUCUGAGCCCGCACAGUAAAGGAAGCACCGACUCUGGUUACUUUUCCCGCUCAGAAAGUGCAGAGCAGCAGAUCAGCCCUCCAAACACAAAUGCGAAGUCUUACGAAGAAAUUAUCUUUGGAAAAUACUGUCGGCUUAGUCCAAGAAAUACACUCAGUGUUACAACCACAAGUCAGGAGCGCGCCACGAUGGGUAGGAAGGGCACCAUGGACUCAUUACCUCAUGUCAACACCAGGUUAGAUGUCAAGAUGUUUGAAGAUCCUGUUUCCCAGCUGAUCCCAAGCAAGGCGGAAAUUGAUCCCAGUCAGACAGGCAUGCUAAAAUCCACCAAAUUCAACAGUGAGUCAAGACAAUCCCAAACGAUUCCAUCAUCUAUCAGGAAUGAAGGAAAACUUUAUCCAGCCAAUUUCCAAGGCAGCAGCCCAGUUCUACUCGAAGCGCCAGUUGACUCUUCACCCCUUAUUCGAAGCAACUCAAUGCCAACUUCUUCAGCAACUAACUUAAGUCUUCCUCCUUCUUUGAGAGGAAGUCACUCAUUUGAUGAACGGAUGACUGGCUCCGAUGAUGUGUUCUACCCAGGAACGGUAGGCAUACCACCUCAGCGCAUGUUAAGGAGACAAGCGGCUUUUGAGCUGCCUUCAGUCCAGGAGGGGCACCUGGAGGGAGAUCACCACGGCAGGGUGUCCAAAAGCAUCACAGGUCCAUCCUUGAAGGAAAAGAAAUUGAUUCCUGGGGACAGGGUCGGCUAUGACUAUGACGUCUGCCGCAAACCCUAUAAGAAGUGGGAGGACUCUGAGACGACGAAGCAAAGCUACAGGGAUGUUUCCUGCAUCAGCCCCUUGAAACAUGGCGGGGACUAUUUCAUGGAUCCCUCGGCGCCAUCCCAGGGCGUGCCAACCAUGUUUGGAACCACGUGUGAAACUCGAAAACGCCGGAAAGAAAAGAGCGUGGGGGACGAGGAGGACACCCCCAUGAUCUGCAGCAGCACGCCCUUGGGCAUCGCGACUGCAGAUUACGAGACCAAGCUGCAGAUGCAGGAAGGUGCGAGGAGUGGGUUCGGCCUGGCUGGACAGGAAAACCCUUCUCAUGGGCACUCUGAGCGGUUUGACCUGUGUCGACCCCCGCUGCAAUCUGGGAGUCCCUCUCUUGGGUCGGAGGAGUCACCCUUGGCGGCUGAUCAGGACAAGCAAUCGGACGGAGCGGGCAGGAAGCCUCCCGGAAAUGUGAUCUCUGUGAUUCAGCACACCAACUCGCUGAGCCGCCCCAAUUCCUUCGAGCGGUCCGAGUCCGCUGAACUCGCGGCCAGCGCCCAGGAGAAAGCCUCGUCACCCUCCGAGACGUGUGACAGUGAGAUCUCCGAAGCUCCGGUGAGCCCGGAGUGGGCCCCGCCCGGGGAGGGCGCAGACGGCGGGGGGAAGCCGUCCCCGGCGCCGCAAGCCCCGCCGCCGCCGCCGCCCUACCACGCGCCUCCCCGGCUGGUGCGCCAGCACAACAUCCAGGUGCCGGAGAUCCGCGUGACCGAGGAGCCGGACAAGCCGGAGAAGGAGAAGGAAACGCAGAGCAAAGAGCCGGAAAAGCCAGUGGAGGAGUUCCAGUGGCCCCAGAGAAGCGAGACCCUCUCCCAGCUCCCGGCCGAGAAGCUGCCGCCCAAGAAGAAGCGUCUGCGACUCGCAGACAUGGAGCACUCCUCCGGGGAAUCCAGCUUCGAGUCCACGGGCACCGGCCUCUCCCGCAGCCCCAGUCAAGAGAGUAACCUGUCCCACAGCUCCAGUUUCUCCAUGUCUUUCGACCGAGAGGAGACCAUGAAGCUUGCGGCGCCUCCCAAGCCGGAUGAGUUCGGGAAGCAUUCGGAGUUCUUGACCGUCCCCGCCGGUUCCUACUCACUGUCUGUCCCCGGCCACCACCACCACCAAAAGGAGAUGCGACGCUGCUCAUCUGAGCAGAUGCCUUGUCCUCACCCCACGGAGGUCCCAGAAAUUCGGAGCAAGUCCUUUGAUUAUGGGAACCUGUCCCAUGCGCCCGCAGCCGGGGCGUCGGCCGCCUCUGCGCUGUCUCCAUCCCGGGAGAGGAAGAAGUGCUUUCUGGUGCGCCAGGCGUCCUUCAGUGGCUCUCCCGAGAUCGCCCAGGGGGAGGCCGGCGCGGAUCUGGGUGUCAAGCAAGAGCAGCUGGAGCAUCUGCACGCCAGCCUCAGGUCCACGUGGCCCCACGCCGCGUGCGCCGUCCUCCCUCCCCUCCCCGCCGAGGACCCAGGGAAGCAGGUCAUGGGUCCCUGCCCCCAGCUGAGCUCAGGCCCCCUCCACCUGGCCCAGCAGCAGAUCCUGCACCUGGACGGUCAGGAAUCUCUGAGAAAUCCCUUGAUACAACCGACAUCCUAUAUUGCAAGCAAGCACUUGUCCGAACAGCCACAUUUGUUUCCCCAUCAGGAGGCUCUCCCGUUUUCUCCAAUCCAGAGCGCUUUGUUUCAGUUCCAAUAUCCUACCGUCUGUAUGGUUCACUUACCAGGCCAGCAGCCCCCCUGGUGGCAGGCGCACUUCCCCCAUCCCCUUGCUCAGCACGCUCCGAAGAGCUAUGGCAAGCCUUCUUUCCAGGCAGAAGUUCACCCCAGCUACCCCUUGGAGCCCUUGGCCGAACACACUGGAAAGAAAUCCGCUGAUUACACGCACACGAAAGAUCAAACCUACCCGGGCUAUUCAGGAACAUCAGGGCUACCCUCAAAGAACCUCCUUCCAAAGUUUCCCUCCGGGGAGAGCACCAAGUCAGCGGAUACUCCCUCUGAGCAGGUUCUUCAGGAAGAUUUUGCCUCAGCGAGCGCUGGGCCCUUGCAGUCCUUACCGGGAACAGUGGUUCCUGUUAGGAUCCAGACGCACGUCCCAUCCUAUGGGAGUGUCAUGUACACAAGCAUUUCUCAGAUGCUUGGGCAGAACAGUCCUGCCAUUGUCAUAUGCAAAGUCGACGAGAAUGUGACCCAAAGAACCCUGGUAACCAACGCGGCCAUGCAAGGAAUAGGAUUUAACAUUGCCCAGGUGUUGGGGCAGCAUGCAGGCUUGGAAAAAUACCCCAUCUGGAAAGUACCUCAGACCUUACCCCUUGGCUUGGAGUCCUCAAUCCCCUUGUGUUUACCUUCCACCUCUGACAGCGUGGCCACCCUGGGAGGCAGCAAACGCAUGCUUUCUCCGGCCAGCAGCUUAGAACUCUUCAUGGAGACGAAACAGCAGAAGAGGGUCAAGGAAGAAAAGAUGUACGGACAGAUCGUAGAGGAGCUCAGUGCCGUGGAGCUGACCAACUCAGACAUCAAGAAGGGUUUCUCCCGCCCCCAGAAGCCCCAGCUGGUUCGACAGGGCUGUGCUUCGGAGCCAAAGGAUGGCUUGGCGUCAGGGUCAUCUUCCUUCUCCUCGCUGUCCCCCUCCUCAUCUCAAGACUAUCCCUCUUCCAGCGUGCCCUCAAGGGAGCCUGGCUCCCGAGCAUCCCCCCUGGGGCAGAAGUCGUCCAGUGGGCCCUCGGAAAGCAGAGAGUCCUCAGAUGAGUUGGACAUUGACGAGACAGCCUCUGAUAUGAGCAUGAGCCCUCAGACCUCCUCCUUGCCACCUGGGGACAGUCAGCUCGAAGAGCAAGGCAAGAGCCAGAAACUACCUGCUGGUGUGCUGGGCCCCAGGGCCUCGGGCCCCGGUGGGAAAGUGGCGAAUUCAACUCUUCUUUUCACGGACGUGGUAGAUUUCCAGCAGAUUCUUCAGUUCCCCAGUCUGCGGACAACAACGACUGUGAGUUGGUGCUUCCUAAAUUAUACAAAACCCAAUUAUGUGCAGCAGGCCACCUUCAAAUCCUCCGUUUAUGCUUCAUGGUGCAUUAGUUCCUGUAACCCGAACCCAUCCGGAUUGAACACCAAGACCACGCUGGCUCUUCUGAGAUCCAAGCAAAAAAUCACUGCAGAAAUUUAUACUCUGGCUGCUAUGCACCGGCCUGGAACCGGCAAACUGACAUCGUCAAGUGCUUGGAAGCAGUUUGCUCAGAUGAAACCUGAUGCGUCCUUUUUAUUUGGCAGCAAACUAGAAAGGAAACUAGUGGGAAGUAUCUUAAAGGAAAGAGGGAAAGGAGAUAUUCAUGGAGAUAAGGAUAUUGGAUCCAAGCAAACUGAGCCUAUUCGAAUUAAAAUCUUUGAAGGAGGAUAUAAAUCAAAUGAAGAUUAUGUAUAUGUCAGAGGACGUGGACGUGGAAAGUACAUUUGUGAAGAGUGUGGGAUUCGGUGUAAGAAACCCAGCAUGCUCAAGAAGCAUAUCCGCACGCAUACUGAUGUCCGGCCUUAUGUAUGCAAGUUAUGUAACUUCGCCUUCAAAACAAAAGGAAACUUAACGAAGCAUAUGAAAUCUAAAGCACACAUGAAGAAAUGCCUGGAGUUGGGAGUCUCGAUGACAUCAGUUGAUGACACCGAAACCGAGGAAGCAGAAACAAUGGAAGAUUUGCACAAAGCAAGUGAAAAGCAUAGCAUGUCCAGCAUUUCAACUGAUCAUCAGUUCUCAGAUGCCGAAGAAUCGGACGGUGAAGAUGGAGAUGAUAAUGAUGAUGAUGAUGAAGACGAUGAUGACUUUGAUGACCAAGGAGAUUUGACACCAAAAACAAGAUCAAGAAGCACCAGUCCCCAGCCUCCUAGAUUCUCCUCCUUGCCUGUGAAUGUUGGCGCUGUGCCCCACGGGGUUCCUUCCGAUAGCUCCCUGGGGCAUUCUUCAUUGAUCAGCUAUUUGGUUACGUUGCCAAGUAUUCAGGUUACUCAGCUGAUGACACCAAGUGACUCAUGUGAAGAUACUCAGAUGACAGAAUACCAGAGGUUAUUCCAGAGCAAAAGUACAGACUCAGAACCAGACAAAGACAGGUUAGACAUCCCCAGUUGUAUGGAUGAAGAGUGCAUGCUGUCUUCAGAGCCGGGCUCCUCCCCACGGGACUUCUCACCCUCCAGCCGCCAUUCCUCACCAGGAUAUGAUUCUUCACCCUGUCGAGAUAAUUCACCAAAGAGGUGUCUGAUACCCAAAGGGGAUUUGUCACCCAGAAGACAUUUGUCACCUCGAAGAGAUCUGUCACCCAUGCGACAUCUUUCACCAAGAAAGGAAGCCGCCUUGAGAAGAGAGAUGUCGCAGAGAGAUGUUUCGCCAAGAAGGCAUCUGUCCCCAAGGAGGCCAGUGUCACCUGGGAAAGAAAUCAUGGCCAGGAGGGACCUCUCUCCCAGAAGAGAGAGAAGAUACAUGACCACCAUAAGGGCACCAUCUCCCAGAAGGGCUUUAUACCACAACCCACCGUUGUCCAUGGGGCAGUAUUUGCAAGCAGAGCCAAUUGUAUUGGGGCCUCCUAAUUUAAGAAGAGGAUUACCUCAGGUUCCUUACUUCAGUCUCUAUGGAGACCAAGAAGGUGCUUAUGAACAUCCAGGCCCCAGCCUUUUCCCUGAGGGUCCCACUGACUAUGUCUUCAGCCACCUUCCACUCCACUCUCAGCAGCAAGUGCGAGCUCCUAUCCCCAUGGUGCCAGUCGGUGGGAUCCAAAUGGUUCACUCCAUCCCGCCGGCCCUUGCCGGUGUCCACCCCCCACCCACAUUGCCUCUGCCAAUGGAGGGCUCCGAGGAGAAGAGGGGCGCCUCGGGGGACUCCUUCGCCAAGGAUCCCCAUGCAGGUUCAAAGCCGCCCGGGAAGCGGUCGCCUCACGCUCCCCAGUCAUCUGGUCCACCUAGCACGGCCUCCUCUCCACGGCUGCUGAUGAAACAGAGCACUUCAGAGGACAGCCUGAAUGCCACCGAGCGGGAACAGGAGGAAAACAUCCAGACUUGCACAAAAGCCAUCGCCUCCCUCCGGAUUGCCACAGAAGAGGCUGCUCUGCUGGGGGCAGAUCAGUCAGCUCGGGGGCAAGCGCCUCAUCAGAAACCCUUGGAAAGUGCACAGGCUAGCAUUAGACACUUUAGUGGGCCUGAGCCAGGCCAGCCCUGUACCUCAGCCACCCACCCUGACUUGCAUGAUGGCGAAAAGGACAAUUUUGGUACAUCCCAGACUGCAUUCGCUCACUCCACGUUUUACAGCAAGAGUUGUCUGGAUGACCAACAGUCGGGCUAUCAAGACAGCAAGGAAUUACCUUCAAGCACAGAGGAAGGCAAGGAAUCGGCUUCAGAGAAGAGUCAACUACAUUGA